AUGGCGAUAAUGGGGCGUAAAGGAUACGCCUGGUUCUGCGCACUAUCCGCAGCUAUGUGCAACUCCUACUACGGCUUCGACGCUUCGGUGUUCAACGCCGUCCAGGGCUCCGACGCUUGGCUCAACUGGAUGGGCAACCCUGGACCAAACCUGGUCGGAGGUGUCAACACUGCCUACUCCGUCUGUGCUAUCAUCAGUGGAUGGUUUAUCGCCGCCCCGACUGCCGACUUCCUGGGCCGGAAAACAGCCAUGGGUAUCGGGACUAUUCUCAUCAUGAUCAGUGCAAUCCUGGAGACAUGCACCCCAAAAGGCCAAAUCGCAUGCUUCAUCGUGGGCCGUGCCGUCAACGGUCUUGGCCAGGGCAUCGCUCUAUCUGCUGGACCUUCCUACAUUGGAGAGAUCACACCCGCCAAGAUCCGUGGAAUUGUCAUGACAUUCUGGCAGGUGGCAUACAGCGUUGGGCUUUUCUUCGCCUUCUGGAUCAACUUCGCAUGCACAAAAUACCUCGACCGUCUGCCCGAGAAUUGGGACUGGAGGAUCGUGUGCGUUAAGAACAACAAGCUCGAAAAGGCCCGAAGCUCGCUUCAUGCCACCCGAUUCAGCUCGGAAGAGGCCGAGGAAGAACUGCAGACUAUCGUUCAAGCCGUCGAAUUCGAGAGGAACAGCAAGGAAACAUCGUCGGGAUACGCAGCGCUGUGGAAGGACAAGAGUGUCCGCAAGAGGCUGCUACUUGCGCUCGGUAUGAAUGCUGGUCAGCAGCUUACCGGCCAGGGGUCCCUCACGACAUACUCUACAAAGAUCUACCAGGGUGUCUUCGAUGACUCGUCCACUAUCGCCCUCAUCAACGCCCUCAACGCCACACUCUCCAUCCUCUUCUGUCUCAACGUGACCUGGAUUGUUGAGAGAUGGGGGCGAAAAGUCUUAUUUAUUGUUGGUGGCGCCGGUAUGGCAUGCUGUAUGCUUAUCGUGGCGACCGUGGGCUCGCAGACACCGACCGGAGCCGACGGCGCCAAAUCAUACCCCGUCGGAGUGGCGAUCGUGUUCCUGCUCUUCCUGUUCAUAUUCUUCUACAAGCCCUCGUGGGGCGCCGUCACCUGGAUCUGGUCUUCCGAGAUCUUCUCGCUCAACGUGCGGGCCCAGGGUGUCGGCAUGGCCGGCCAGACGCAGAACAUCGCCAACGCCAUCGUCCAGCAGUUCUUCCCGCUCUUCCUCGAGGACUGCGGCUUCUACGCCUUCUACAUGUUCGCGGGUAUCAAUUGCCUGCUCGUCUGCUACGUCAUCUUCCUCAUCCCAGAGACAAAGGGCGUCCCGCUCGAGGAGAUGGACAAGCUCUUCGGCGGCGCCAGCCACGUCCAGGGCGGUGCCAUGAUGCGCGAGGACACCGACGUCACAACCACCGAGCACCACCGGCCCAUCUCCAAGGGCACCACCGAUCACAGCGGCAGACAUGUCGAGGGCUCGGCUACGCCCGAGGAGAAGUGA